CCCCAACUGACCGGGAAGAAGCUAUCAGUUGGUCUCCACCGUCUCACGCCUCCUCGCCUUAUGGCGUGUUUGAAACAACCUUUCUGCCUCUGUCUACACGUGUAGUCAACGCUGCUGCUGUUGUGUGUGUCUGUUUUCUUUUAGUUUCAACCAUGCCUAUAGUUAAAACGUGUUUAAAAUUGUUCCUGUUCGGCGCAGUGACCGUCAUGACCGUGCUGCUGCUGCGGCACUGGAUGGCCACCAAGCAGUACGUUUUCAACAAAGAAGACGUAGCCAAAAUAGCCAAACAGUACGCAGGACAGGACCAUGAGCAGGCCUUCUCCAAAGUGGUGGUGGAGCUCAGGAAGAGGUACCCUGGCCACAUCCUGCCAGACGAGGACCUGCAGUGGAUCUUUGUGAACGCUGGUGGCUGGAUGGGCUCCAUGUGUCUGCUUCACGCCUCGCUCACUGAGUACCUGCUGCUGUUUGGCACUGCAGUGGACACAGGAGGACACUCAGGUCGUUACUGGGCUGAGAUUUCUGACACUAUCAUAUCCGGCACCUUCAGACAGUGGAAAGAGGGGACAACCAAGAGUGAAAUAUACUACCCCGGUGACACCAUCGUCCACAGUGUAGGACAGGCGACAUCCGUCCAGUGGAGCGGCGGAACGUGGAUGGUGGAGUACGGCCAAGGUUUCAUCCCCUCCACGCUGGGAUUCGCUCUGGCGGACACCCUGUUCAGCACCCAGGACUUCCUCACCAUGUUCUACACCGUACGCGUCUAUGUCAAGUGUCUGCUGCUCGAGGCCGGGACGCUACUCACAGAAACGGGGGUUUUCUGAGGCACGGUGGUGAAUUGGACAGUAACAUUUCAAAAGGUUUGCCUUGUCAUCACAUCCGUCCCCUUAACCACUAUCAGUCUAGCAUCAGGGAAACUCCAUGCUAGAUUAUUCACGUUUAAAUAUUUCUACCUGGAAGUGUAGUAUCUAAAUUUGCAAAAAGUACCGGUUCUACAUUCAAGUUCUCGCCCCUCGUUAAGGUUAUCCAAAAUACAGCGUUUGAUUCCUUUUUUCCCUACUCUACACAACAUCUGAGAGCUCAAACAUAGUCAGUGAAGUCUUCAGUGAUUUGUUUUUUAAAAUCUGGCUUAAAGAAUGGAGACCUAAAGACCUUUAUUUACAAGUAGGUUGCCAAAUCAUUAUUCUGGGAAUAAACAGAUAACACUUGUAACUGGCAAUUGAGUAUACACUCACUAGCAAACAAUCACUUAAGAAAAAGGAUUCAGCUGUGAUAAAUACUGGGACCAAGGAAUCACUUUAAAAACAGAUAUGCUUAAUUUGGCUUGAAACUAACUUAAAUACAUGAUUCAAAGCCAAAGCACUCUAUUUUCUUACUAAAUACCAUUUCAUAUUUAUAAGCGUGUAAAUUGUCACCAUAAAAAGUCUAAUUUCACAAAGAUAAACGUCAAUAAGCGUGUUUGCUGCAAAGAAUACAUUUGAUAGUUGGCUCUAAAUCUCUCAUUGACAAUCAAUUAUCCGUUAAUAAUAUGUGUUUAAUGUGGUGAAGUAAACUGCCUGGAUGAUGUGUGUGCAAUGGCCUAUUUUUUGGCUCCGUAUGAGUCAUAGUCAGGUUCAUUUCAACUCAGCAGUGCUUUAAAGAUUACACAUGCUCUGUCAUGGUGUGUGAGAUCUACUCCAGAGCUACUGUGCAGCACCUCAGUGCAAUGCUCUUCUCACAACCCCACUUUUUUCUGUCUUUUCUCUUUCACCUUGGUAGAGAGCUAUUUUUGAGAAAUAUAGGAGCCAUUUCAAAUAUGUGUGCGAUUCUUAUUUGGCUUGGCAAACAAACAAAAAAAAUGGGUCCCUAUAUUGCUUUUUCCUGAAGUUUGUUAUAUACGUUUUUGUGGUCAAGUACGUUUACAUGAGUUUGCUACAGCCGCUCUUCAUUGUGUGGGACUUUGCACUAGCCCUAUUGGGCAAAACACUAUACACAGGCACUUGGAAUUGUACUUUACAAGCAAAUAAUAUCCAACAUCUCCCGGUUAAUACCUUUUCAGCUGCAACAUACAACAUAUAAGGUUUUUUGGGAGUAAACAUACUUUAUAACUAUCUAAACUGUAGUUAUUUGGUUUCCACACAGCAGCAUCAGUAGCAGCGUGGUCUCAUGGAUGGAUGGCAAAACAAAAACAUUAUCACUGUACUUUAAAUGUUGAUGUUUGGGAGUACAAUAUACGGUAAAGGGAAAUAUGGAAACUGACAGUGCCAGAAGAAAUAAAUGUUUUUCGAAGUUAAA